UUCCCUGCAUCCAACCACAUUUCUGUCUCUCCUCUCCUCCAAUCAAUCUUAAAAAAAAAAAACCACCGCCAUUCGUCUCUCUCUCUCUCUCUCUGAAUAAGCCAAAAAACACACACACACACCUCCUCUUCAAAUGUCACUGGUCUCUCUUUAGCAGCUCCUCUAAAGGGUUGCUGUUGCUGCUGCACAAAAAGAAAACAAAAAAGAAACCCUAAAACGAAAUGGUGUUCAAGAACAAGCUGUUUUUCUCAUCUUCAAAGAAAUCAGAAACUUCUAGUCCUGAUGGAUCCAACAACAGUCCAAGAUCAAUCGGGUCGAAUUCACCGAUCCGAUCCGACAAGAAGAAAGCCUCCAAAUCUAAAAAUUCAACCCCAACUACUCCAACUAGUACUGGUAGUUCUAGUAAUUUUACUUGCAAGCAAACCCAAGUUAAAGAUGGGGUAAAAAAGAAAGACUCGUUUUUUAAAGGCAAAGAAACUGUGAACCAACCUCAAACUCCUACCAAACCCGGGACUUCAAAUUCUGGGACGGGUUUAAAAUCCAAAAAAGGUGAUGUUUUGGUUGAAAAUAAGGAGAAAGAAGCAGAAAAAUCGUCAGUUUCGCCGAUUUUAGCAUCAUCUUUGGGGUUAAAUAGGAUCAAAACAAGAUCAGGGCCAUUGCCACAAGAGAGUUUCUUUGGUUUUAGAGGUGAUAAAGGGAGUGGUGUAUUGGGGUCUAGUAAUUUGUCAAGGCGUGGUGGGGAUGGAGGGUCGGGUUCGAAUUCAAGUUCUUUAGGGUCAGGGAAGAAGAAGGAAGGGAUAGAGGGGCAGAGUAAGUUGACGGGGUUUCAAGAGAGUGGUAACGGUGGUGACAAUUGGGACAGUAUGUCUACAGGAAGUGGAGGAGGACAAUCUAGAGAGGUCAGUCCUAAUUUGCAGGCAAGGACUAGGUUGCAGAAUGGGGAGUCAUCUAGUGAAGCUGGUCAACAUAAUUCAUCAUGGGGGCACUCUGAGAGCUUGCAAAGCUCUGAUGUUUUUACACCUGAGACUUAUGAUUGUAACAACCCAAAGGAGUCUGAAUCUCCCAGGUUUCAAGCAAUACUUCGUGUGACAAGUGCCCCUAGAAAGAGGUUUCCUGCUGAUAUCAAAAGUUUCUCCCAUGAAUUAAAUUCCAAAGGUGUACGACCUUUCCCAUUUUGGAAGCCUCGAGGGUUAAAUAACUUGGAGGAGAUCUUGGUUGUCAUACGGGCAAAGUUUGACAAAGCAAAGGAAGAAGUGAAUUCUGACCUGGCUGUCUUUGCAGCAGAUCUGGUUGGAAUUCUUGAAAAAAAUGCAGAUAGUCAUCCUGAGUGGCAGGAAACUAUUGAAGACUUGUUGGUUUUAGCUCGGAGUUGUGCUAUGACAUCACCUGGAGAGUUCUGGCUUCAGUGUGAAGGUAUAGUCCAAGAUUUGGAUGAUAGACGCCAAGAACUUCCUCCAGGAAUACUGAAGCAGCUCCAUACCCGAAUGCUUUUCAUCCUUACAAGGUGUACCAGAUUGUUGCAAUUCCACAAGGAAAGUGGGCUGGCUGAGGAUGAAAAUAUUUUCCAGCUUCAUCAGCUUAGGCUUUUGCAGUCUGCAGAUAAACACAUUCCUCCAGGUGUUGGUAGGGAUGGAAAAAUUUCUAGUGCUCCAAAGAAGGCAGCUUCGGCAAAGAAAUCAUACAGUCAAGAGCAGAAGGCUGCAUCAGUAAGGAAAUCAUAUAGUCAAGAGCAGUGUGCUUGGGGCAGAGAACAAGAUGUACUGCCAGGAAAAUUCCUCUCCCCUGCUGAUAACACUCCAAAGAGUGACGAAUCUCCUACGGGAAGGAAUCGGAUCUCUUCUUGGAAGCCACUCCCAUCUCCUCCUGUAAAAAUUACAAAGGAAGUUGUUCCUCCAAGGGGGCAGAAUGAUGAUAAGAAUGAACCUUUGAAAACGUCAAAUGACAGGAAAGGAGCUUCUGAUGUGCUUCUGGCUGCUGCUAAAGCUUCUGAGCUUCCAUUGGUCAAAGAUUUGCAUGAACAUUCUACAAAGCACCAACACAAAAUUUCUUGGGGUAACUGGGGUGAUCAGCAGAAUAUUGCUGAUGAGAGUUCAAUAAUUUGUCGCAUUUGUGAGGAGGAAGUUCCAACUUUAUAUGUAGAAGACCAUUCAAGAAUUUGUGCAAUUACAGAUCGAUGUGAUCAGAUGUGUCUAAGUGUGAAUGAGCGCUUGAUCAGAAUUUCUGAAACGCUUGAGAAGAUGAUAGAAUCCUUUGCACAGAAGGAUAUCCAACAUGCAGUGGGAAGCCCAGACAUUGCAAAAGUAUCAAAUUCCAGUGUGACCGAAGAAUCUGAUGUUCUCUCACCAAAACUCAGUGAUUGGUCUCGGAGAGGGUCUGAGGACAUGCUCGAUUUCUUUCCUGAAGCUGAUAAUUCUAUUUUUAUGGAUGACAUGAAGGGUUUACCUUCCAUGUCAUGUAAAACCCGUUUUGGUCCCAAGUCUGAUCAGGGAAUGGCCACAUCAUCAGCUGGUAGCAUGACUCCUAGAUCUCCAUUAUUGACACCAAGGAAUAGUCAGAUAGACUUGCUUUUGGCAGGGAAGAGUGCCUUUUCCGAGCAUGAUGAUCUUCCACAGCUGAAUGAACUUGCUGAUAUUGCAAGAUGUGUAGCAACUAUGCCAUUGGAGGAUGAUCGUGCCAUAUCCUAUUUGCUAACUUGUCUUGAAGACUUGAGGGUAGUCAUUGACAGGAGAAAGUUUGAUGCUCUUAUGGUGGAGACUUUUGGGACACGAAUUGAGAAGCUUAUUCGAGAGAAGUAUUUGCAGCUCUGUGAGCUAGUGGGAGAUGAGAAGGUUGAUAUAACAAAUACUGUAAUUGAUGAAGAUGCUCCUCUGGAAGAUGAUGUUGUUCGAAGCUUGAGAACAAGUCCCACACAUCCUUCUAAGGAUCGUACCUCCAUAGAUGACUUCGUGAUAAUAAAACCAAUAAGUCGUGGUGCCUUUGGACGGGUGUUUUUAGCUAAAAAGAGAACAACUGGAGAUCUUUUUGCCAUAAAGGUUCUUAAAAAGGCUGAUAUGAUCCGCAAGAAUGCAGUUGAAAGUAUACUGGCUGAACGAGAUAUUUUAAUUUCAGUCCGCAAUCCCUUUGUGGUUCGCUUCUUCUAUUCAUUUACUUGUCGUGAGAAUUUGUAUCUUGUGAUGGAGUAUUUGAAUGGUGGCGACUUGUAUUCAUUGUUGAGAAAUCUGGGCUGCUUAGAUGAAGAUGUUGCUAGGGUAUACAUUGCAGAAGUUGUGCUUGCUUUGGAAUAUUUACACUCACUGCAUGUAGUUCAUCGUGAUUUGAAGCCUGAUAAUUUGUUGAUUGCACAUGAUGGGCACAUCAAGUUGACAGACUUUGGUCUUUCCAAGGUUGGUCUCAUCAAUAGCACUGAUGAUUUAUCUGGUCCAGCUGUUAGUGGGACAUCCAUGCUUGUGGACGAUGAACCUCAACUAUCCACUUCUGAGCAUCAGCGAGAAAGGCGGAAGAAACGUUCUGCUGUGGGUACACCUGAUUAUCUGGCACCAGAGAUACUAUUGGGAACGGGACAUGGAACAACCGCUGAUUGGUGGUCUGUGGGUGUUAUUUUAUUUGAACUGAUUAUUGGUAUUCCACCCUUUAAUGCGGAGCAUCCCCAGACAAUAUUUGAUAAUAUUCUCAACCGUAACAUACCUUGGCCCCGGGUGCCUGAAGAAAUGAGUCCUGAAGCACAGGAUCUAAUUGAUAGAUUAUUAACUGAAGUUCCUGACCAGAGACUUGGAGCUGGAGGAGCGUCAGAGGUGAAGCAGCAUAUAUUCUUUAAAGAUAUCAACUGGGACACACUUGCUAGGCAGAAGGCUGCAUUUGUGCCCAGUUCAGAGAGCGCACUAGAUACAAGCUACUUCACAAGUCGAUACUCGUGGAAUACUUCAGAUGACCCAAAUUAUCCAGCCAGUGACUUUGAGGAUUCAAGUGAUUCUGAUAGCUUGAGUGGCAGCAGUAGCUGCUUAAGCCAUCGCCAUGAUGAAGUGGGAGAUGAAUGUGGAGGUCUUGCUGAAUUUGAGUCUGGUUCAUGUGUCAAUUACUCCUUCAGUAAUUUUUCAUUUAAGAAUCUCUCCCAGCUUGCAUCAAUCAACUAUGAUCUUCUCUCUAAGGGUUGGAAGGACGAUCCAUCAACAACUAAUUCAUGACCAUUGAUCUCCUUGGUCAAAAGCCAGAAGAAUUGUGUUCCUUGGCAUUAAAUCACUUUGAACAUUUAUGGGUGUCUGAUUUGCCAGUGUUAUUUAUAUACCCUGUACAUACAUAGAAGAAAAGUUGAAGACUGAAACUGCUUCGGGAUGUGCUCUUUAUUCAGUGUAGGUAAUGGAUUCACACUGUUGGGGUUCGAUUUUAUUUGUUUAGUUGAGCUGAAGAAUAAUAGUAUGCCAUAAUUUAAAUGCCACAGUGAUGGUCUACACUCUUGAUGUGUGGUGUACUUUUUGUGAUUUUCACCUCGUAUCAAUGAAAAGAACGCAUCCCCAUGUUGUAAGUUA